AUGACCAAGUAUCUCAAUGAUUUUCAGUUCAGGGUCGGGGUGUCGGGUGGUGCUGAGGCCAUAUUACAUAGCGCCAAUAUGGUGUUGGGCGAGCGCCAUGAUGACGGAUCUCUCUCCAUGCUUACCAUGGAUUUAUCUAAUGCCUUUAACCUUGUCGACAGAUCUGCAUUGCUUCAUGAGGUCAGAUUGAGCUGUCCUUCUAUAUCCUUAUGGGUAGAAUUCCUCUAUGGUCAAGCAACAAGGUUGUAUCUAGACAACACGCAUAUUUGGUCCACUACUGGGGUUCAGCAAGGAGACCCCUUGGGACCACUUCUCUUUGCUCUUGUGUUACACCCGCUUUUGCAUAAUAUUAGCAACAAUUGCAAGUUUCUUCUCCAUGCAUGGUACCUUGAUGAUGGCACACUUAUUGGAGAUUCGGAGGAGGUGGCCAAAGCGUUGGACAUCAUUACGAUGAUUGGCCCAAAAUUGGGCCUUCAACUGAAUAUCAAGAAAACCGAGCUCUUUUGGCCCUCGUGCGAUGGUAGGAAGCUGCGUGAGGGGCUAUUCCUGACUGACAUCGGGAGGCCACAUUUAGGGGUGAAACUUCUUGGGGGAGCUGUUAGUAGAGAUGCUAGUUUCAUUAGCAGAUUAGCCAUAAAGAGAGUCGAAAACGUUGUGAAUUUGAUAUGCCUUCUUCCUCAAUUGUCUGACCCUCAGAGUGAGCUCCUUCAGCUUCGGUCUUGUAUGGGUAUUGCUAAGCUUUUCUUUGGGUUAAGGACGUGUCAACCCGUUCACAUGGAGGAGGCGGCAGUAUUCUUUGACAAUGGGUUGCGCAGGGCCAUUGAGGACAUUGUGGUAUGUGGUGGCCCUUUCUUUGGUGACAUACAAUGGCGCAUUGCUUCUUUACCCAUCAGGUUUGGUGGUUUGGGUUUAUACUGGGCAGUAGAGGCUACUCCAUAUGCUUUUGUUGCCUCAAGGGCCCAAACUUGGGUAUUGCAAGACCACAUCUUACGGGAUAACGGCAUAUAUGGUAUGGAUUCUGAUUAUGAUGGUGCCUUGGCUUCUCUUCGUAACAAGCUUCCAGAUUCUGACCUUAGCAGUUUUACUACUAAAGACACCGCCCCUAUUGGGCUUUGCUAUACAAAAAGGCUUAGCGGCGCAGCUUGUUGCCCGUUUGCUAUCUCACUUGUUGUACGAUGA